UCCCCGAGAUGCGCAGGGUGAAGAGCGCCUUGGAGGGACCGCAGGCUCCCUGCAGGCUUCCCUCUCCUCGGCUGCGCUUGGGUGGGAGCCCCCGGCUAAGGGCUGGAGGAGGCGCCUCGCAACAGAUGGUUCAAGCCGGCUCCCGGCUCCUAGCGCGGCCCGCAUUGGCCAGCGGCGCGGCCCGGGCGGAGGAAGGGCGGGCUGCAGUGGCGGCUCCGCGGCGGGAGUGCAGCGCCCACGUCCCAGCUCCCUCGCCUCCAGCGAGGCUGCCGAGACCACCUCCGCUCCGGAACGUCGGCCGUCUCUCACGGCUGCAGUCACCUGAGACCUGCAAAGAAAAAGAAAUAGAAGCCAUUAAGCUACCUUGUUCAGAGAGAACAUUAAAUCAGCACAACAUGGCACAGCAUAGUAUUGUCCUUGGAUUAUUCAUGAUGACUGUUUUGUCACUGUUGGAUGGAAGUUCAGCUUUCCUGUUAAAUCAACGUCUGAAGGGAAGAUUUCAAAGAGACCGUAGAAACAUCCGCCCAAACAUCAUCCUUGUUCUUACUGAUGAUCAGGAUGUAGAACUUGGUUCUAUGCAAGUGAUGAAUAAAACAAGACGUAUCAUGGAACACGGAGGUGCUCAUUUCAUCAAUGCCUUUGUGACAACGCCCAUGUGCUGCCCAUCUCGCUCCUCUAUUCUUACGGGGAAGUAUGUCCACAACCACAACACUUACACUAACAAUGAGAACUGUUCUUCUCCAUCCUGGCAGGCUCAGCAUGAAAUACGCACGUUUGCAGUGUACCUCAACAAUACAGGGUACAGGACAGCUUUCUUUGGAAAGUACCUUAAUGAAUACAAUGGCUCCUAUGUGCCUCCUGGUUGGAAAGAAUGGGUUGGAUUACUUAAAAAUUCUCGAUUUUACAACUACACACUCUGUAGAAACGGAGUGAAGGAGAAGCAUGGAUAUGACUACUCCAGGGAUUAUCUGACUGAUCUGAUUACCAAUGACAGUAUUACCUUCUUUAGAAUAUCAAAGAAGAUGUAUCCUCACAGGCCAGUACUGAUGGUUAUAAGCCAUGCUGCUCCUCAUGGCCCUGAAGAUUCAGCCCCUCAGUACUCACAGCUCUUUCCUAAUGCCUCACAACACAUUACUCCCAGUUAUAACUAUGCUCCAAACCCAGACAAGCACUGGAUAAUGAGGUAUACCGGUCCCAUGAAACCCAUACAUAUGGAGUUCACUAACAUGCUACAGAGAAAGCGCCUUCAAACACUCAUGUCUGUGGAUGACUCUAUGGAGAUGAUUUACAAUAUGUUGGCUGAAACAGGAGAACUGGAAAAUACGUAUAUAAUAUACAUGGCCGACCAUGGUUAUCAUAUUGGGCAGUUUGGGCUGGUGAAAGGGAAGUCUAUGCCAUAUGAGUUUGAUAUCAGAGUUCCAUUCUAUGUCCGAGGACCAAAUGUGGAGGCUGGGUCCUUGAAUCCUCACAUUGUGUUGAAUAUUGAUCUUGCACCCACAAUUCUAGAUAUUGCUGGAUUGGAUAUUCCAUCUGAUAUGGAUGGUAAAUCCAUUCUAAAGCUGCUGGAUUCUGAGAGACCAGUCAAUAGGUUUCAUUUAAAGAAAAAGAUGAAGGUGUGGAGAGACUCAUUCCUAGUGGAAAGAGGUAAACUGCUGCAUAAAAGGGAGAAUGAGAAGGUAGAUGCCCAAGAAGAAAACUUUCUACCCAAAUACCAGCGCGUGAAAGAUCUCUGUCAGCGAGCUGAGUAUCAAACAGCUUGUGAACAGCUUGGCCAGAAAUGGCAGUGUGUGGAAGAUGCCACUGGAAAGCUCAAGCUGCACAAGUGCAAGGGAAUGGGAAACUUGGCAGCUGCAGGCAAUGGCAGAGGCGCCUCCAAUAUUUUGCCCAAGUAUUACAACAGGAAUAGUGAAGAUUGCAAUUGUGAAGAGAAUGAAUACAAGCUGAGCCACAUCGGACAGAGAAAGAAACUCUUCUCCAAGAGAAAAUUCAAACCAAGCUAUGUCCGGAAUCGCUCUGCCCGUUCUGUAUCUGUUGAGCUGGAUGGAGCUGACUAUAACCUGGGUUUAGAGGAUGGUUACCAGCCCAUCUUACCAAGGAACAUCACCAAGCGGCACAAGGUGCAGAGGGCUGUUUUCCAGGAGGAGGAAGAUAGAGACAUGGGGGAAUACAGUGGCACUGGUAGCAUUGCCGAGUACACAGCCCCUAACCUGAUCAAAGUAACCCACAGGUGCUACAUCCUGGAGAAUGAUACCGUUCAGUGUGACACAGAUCUGUACAGGUCACUGCAAGCUUGGAAGGACCAUAAACUACAUAUUGACCAUGAGAUUGAAACUUUGCAAAAUAAAAUAAAAAACCUGAGGGAGGUGAGAGGUCAUCUAAAGAAGAAGCGACCUGAAGAGUGUGAUUGUAACAAGCUAAGUUAUCAUUCAAAACACAAGAGCAAACUGAGACACAAAGGAUCCAGUCUUCAUCCUUUCAAGAAAGCCCUACAGGAGAAAGACAGGCUGUGGCUGCUGCGAGAGCAGAGACGGAAGAAGAAACUGCGUAAAUUGCUUAAGAGAAUUAAAAAUAAUGACACAUGCAGCAUGCCUGGUCUGACCUGCUUCACCCAUGACAACCAGCACUGGCAAACUGCUCCCCUGUGGACACUGGGCCCUUUCUGUGCCUGUACCAGUGCCAACAACAACACGUACUGGUGUUUGAGGACAAUCAACGAGACCCACAACUUCCUGUUCUGUGAAUUUGCUACUGGAUUUUUGGAGUAUUUUGAUCUCAAUACCGAUCCAUAUCAGCUAAUUAAUGCAGUGAAUACGCUCGACAGAGAUGUUCUUAAUCAGUUGCAUGUCCAGCUCAUGGAACUCAGAAGUUGCAGAGGGUAUAAGCAAUGCAAUCCAAGAACUAGGAACAUGGAUCUAGGACUUAAAGAUGGAAGCUACGAGCAGUACAGGCAAUUUCAGCGUCGAAAAUGGCCAGAUGUGAAGAGACCAUCAUCUGCCAAGUCACUAGGACAACUGUGGGAAGGCUGGGAGGGCUAAUCUCCCCCAUGUGCUGCACCUCCAUGAGGAUACAACCUGGCCAGGACUUGAAUCCAUGUACAGACUAAAAGAAUUGUAACAUUUGCCUGAAGAACUGGAUAAACUUUGAGGCUGAAAUAGAUAGAAUGUUUGCACUGGUGAGUGAGUUGAAUAGAAGCAGUGAAAUUAUGGGAAAUGCUGUCAGAAAUACAGGUCUCUGAAAUCCACUGUUGUACUGGCUUUUUUGCUUUGGAUUAUACCUCAUCAGCUUCACAAGGCAUUUUACUUCAAGACACAACUGACGCUGAUUCAGGAAUUGAUACAGGAGGAAACCUAGCCACAUCCCAAAGAGGACUGCCACUGCAGCGGCAGUGUUUACACAGACAGUUGAAGGGACCUUAAAACAAUUUCCAGUUCACUUGUAUCUUUAGUUGUCAUGAGAAAAACUUCAAAGCCAAGUACAACUCUAAAGCAAGAUUUAGAAAACAAGCUUUUUCUUAUCACUGGGGUAAAGGUAAUGGUCGAAAAGAACUUUGAAAAGAUUCAGGAACUGAAGUCAGCAGCACUGAGUGUUCUCAAUACCAUGGAAUUUCUUCAAUUUCCUCUGAGGAUACAUUUUAGUUCCACAUCUACUUGUUCAUCGUAUUGUCACCUCUAUGAAUAUUAGAGAAAAUCUUGUCUAACAGGAUGCCACAUUUUUGGAGGGGUUGUGUAAAUAUUGAUCAGUAUACUGUUUGAAAAUAAAUUCCUUCAGGUUGUGAAGAAAUUUGUUAAUAAAAAAGAGUAUAACACCCA